AUGCUUUUCCAAGUCCUCAGACGCCUGAUCUGGGAUAUUGGGUCAUUUACAUCACAUGUGCUCACCCAGUGGGACAUUGCAUUUCGCCUGUCGAGACGAUCGCAGGUUGGAGAAUUGAUGGCAGUCCGUGAAUGCGGAAUUUGCCAUUACUGUCUUCCGACAGGUUUUCCAACCGCCCCGUACUGUGAGGACGAUCGCUAUGUACAGGCGCGAGUUUUUGCUCACCGGUGCACUGGAUGCACCCUCCGCCAUUUUGUCGCGGGAGAUAGGCCUAUGUACACGGUUGAGAGGUACCACCACAGACUUCUACAUCGCGCACAACACGUGGUGUGUUCUGAUCGCGAGAAGUCCAAAGGGAUGUUAGCUAACAUCAACCUCACACAUUCAGCCAUAGUCGAAGAGCCGUCUCUAGACAAGCAGUACAGCUACCAGACGUACUUGGCACAUGCUGUACGGGCGGAGCUUUUGACCCUGGGGGGAGACAUUCAGUUCCUCCCCAAUCGCCAUUUUGGCACCCAGACCGGUGUUCGUGUCACCGGACCGCAAAGUGGGCCCAGUGCUGAUGCGUCAGCACCGUCUGCGACUGUUCCAACGGCAGACGAACAAAGACCAUCUGGGAGCUCCAACCCAGAUGGUGCGUCUAGGUUCAUUGAACCAGGGACCCCACUAAUCCCUUACACGACUGCUGAUGCUGGAAAACCCAUGGAGGGAGUCCAGAUCAUCACAGAUUGGGAAAAGGUAGACCUACGCAAAGACAUGGGUCGUAAGAUGGAGGCACUCGCUGUCCUCGAGCAUGAGGCAAAAUCCUGCAUCGUUGACGACGACGUUUUGGAACAGCUGCAAGUGACAGCCAAAGCGAGGAUCGCCAUGCCAGGUGUCACAGACAAAGACAUCACGGCAAUUCAUGUCGCAUGCAACUCCCACUCGAAUGCUAUCGCCAAAAUAGGGAACCGGCGUUAUGCAGAGAAAUUUGCCGAAGUAGAAUAUGACGGUAUUGCGUUCAAGAACCAAAUAGGCAAUCCAUGGGAGUUAAUCCGCAGAGCUGUCCAUGCGGUAGUCGACAAAGUUCUCCCUGCCAUCCUCGAGAUCGAUGAAGAGACCAUUCGGAGGCAGGACACAGAACUAAUGGAGAUACCGCAAAGCGAGAUCGUCUCGGAGUUGCAUGGGAAGUCCCUAUUCCCAAUGCACAAGUCCGUUGACGAAAUCGCCCCAAGCAGCUUCACGGAGCAAAUGAAGAAAGACAAUUUCGAGGCAGCCUCUGGCACCGAAUUGACGAAGCUUCCGCCUACCAAGGCGUUUGUGAAGCCUAAUGAAGCUUUAGGGAAGAUCAAGCCUAGACUGAUCCAACACACAGGCCCACAAGGCACUGCUGCCGCGGCCUUGAUGAAUAAGACAGUCGAGCAGAUGAUCUUCCGGUUACCUUAUUUUGUCCAGCGCAGUAUCAAGGGCACCGACAACACUGGUGUCUGCGAGCGUGUCCGACUCUUUUACUACGAGUAUAAAUCGGGCGGCUUUGCAUCGACGGAUUUCGGGAGUUUCGACUCUUCGAUCACUGACAAGUGCACCGUCGACAGAAGCAAGCCAGGACUUAGAAGGAUAAUCGAGGAAGCUAUCAUGAAGGCUGUUACAAAUAAAUUUCCAGAGGCUUUCGACGUCAAAAAUGUUUCGAAAACAAGGUGGAAAAAGAAGGACAAGAUUUUGUUCGACACCUUAACACUGUUCACAGAGGUCCUCAUUAGGUACUCUGGAGACGGGUUGACAUCAGUUGGCAAUUACGCCAUCAAUUGGUUCGUCGACCGCUCCAUUUACUUUGUGCUUGAGAGGAUUUUCACUAUGUGGGAUAUGCGUGUCUACACCUUGAAAGAGAUCAUUCAAUUCCUGACAAACAUGAUAGAUGACCCUGAGUUCAUCAACCAAGUCCUUGAAGGAGUCAAGAAGAAAGCGACACGCCUCGCGGAGACCAUCAUACGCGUUUCGAAAGGUCUUCAUGUCACGAAGGAAGAUUCAGAGUUCCUGAACGGGGAGGGGGACGACAGACUCAAAGGAUUUCGUUGGGCCUUCAUCCAGAAAUUUGAGACGAAGGACAAGAAAGGAAAAGACGCCCGACAAGUCCUCGGAGUGAUGACGGCAGUCAUGUACACUGCCGCCGGCAUGAGUUUGGAACCUCAGGACCGCACAGGCCGGGUUAGUGCAGAGAAACUUAUUGACAAGUCACAGCGCAUCGAACUCAUCAGCCGGAUAUUCGUCCCACUCAAUGACGGAAAAGCGAUGAGGAGUUUUCCAAAGCUCCGAAAAACCUUCGCGGCCGCCACCAUCACCUUCAACGUAAACGACCCAUUCUUAACCGCAGCAGCGACGAAAAUGCUCUCCAUCAUGAUGAUGUGUGAGCAAUGCCCGUUGCAGUUCCCAUUCUACUCGCUGAUUUACCGGUACUACAGAGGCAGAAUCACCGACGAGACGAUUAUAACCGGUAAACGCAAGUAUGAGUGGUGGGAGCUCAAGCUGAUGCACCUCAUCACUGACAACGGGCUGCAGAACAGCAUGUCAGCAAUCUACGCCCACCUCAUGAACCGGGCUUACGGGUAUGUAUCUCCAGAAAUUGCUGAUGGAAUGCUUGAUGCAGUCGCAGCUGAGACGCGAUUGGCCAAGAAUGACUUGGUCUGCCUGAUAGACGCCCUAAAUGGAGCAAAAGGGGACGAUCUAGGAUCCGUCCAAGACCUGGUGCAGAGGGAAGCGGAUCCCGAGGCAGAAUCAGGCGAGAUUACGCCCAGCGGUGGUAUGGCACCCACCGUUGACCUCCCGGAAAUGAGCUGCGCCACUCUAGCCUGCCCCUCCACGUCUGACGUGUAUGCUGAGGGGUGGCGGAGGAGGCGCGGGACUACCUUUGGCCCUUGCAGCUGGGGGUGGGGGUCCCUGGUGGCACAGAAGCCGCCAUCCACACUGCCCGGCAAUGGCUGGAACUCUGGCCACGCGGAUAAAAUCCUGCUCAAGUUGGAUUUCCGCAACGCCUUUAACACCAUUGACCGGUCCGCCAUGCUGCGAGAGGCCCGUGCUCACCUGCCGGAAGUGGCGUGCUGGGCUGACUGGUGCUACGCUUCGCCCUCCCGCCUCCUUUUUGGCGAGCAUGUUGUGGAGUCUUCCUGCGGGUUGCAACAGGGGGAUCCGCUGGCCCCGAUACUCUUUGCGCUUACGCUGCAGCCAGCUCUCACUGCGACUGCAACCUCUGCCCCGCUUGACCUUUGCUUCGGGUUCUUAGACGACCUGUUGCUUGCUGGCACCAGCCGGCUGACCUCACGCGCGCUCGGGGUGCUUAGUGACGCCGCUGGGUCUGUUGGCCUUGUCUUGGAACCGAGCAAAUCUGAGGUCGUCAUCACGAACCCCACGAGCAGCGCCGACCUGCGCGGUCUUCCUGCUGGCUUCAUCCGACGCCGUGGAAAGUUUACCCUCCUUGGCGGUGCUGUGGGCGGGCCCGCCUUCUGCAACCAGCAUACCCAAACUCGUGUUGAUGGGGCUCGUCCCCUCCUCGAUGCCUUGGCCGCCCUGCCGGACCGACAGACCGGACUCCUUCUGCUUCGCCAUUGCUGCUCCUUCUGCAAAGUCACUCAUAGCACGCGUGUCACCCCGCCUGCCUUGCAAGAUGCCGCCCUUCGCUGCUUUGAUGAGCUGGUGCGCUCUUGCCUCGAAACAAUCGGGGGGCUUUCCAUGUCCGACGCUGCCUGGCGACAGGCCUCCCUCCGCAUUGCCACUGGCGGUCUUGGCUUCCGCCGAGCCUUCCGACACGCGCCCGCUACUUUUAUUGCAUCUGUGACCUCGUCCGAGGCUGCCUGCCAAAUCCUUGACGCCAACUACCGCAGCGACCUCUCGGCCCCAAUCGCCCAGUUCAAUGCGGCGGUUGCUGCGCAGCACGCCCUCCCCCAUGCCGUCGGGGCAGCCCGCCGCGCCCACUUCCGCCUCGUGCAACAGCCCGGAGCCGGAGCUUGGCUGUUAGCGCGGCCUGCCGAAGCGCUCGGCCUUUCGCUGGAACCGCAGCUGUUCCGCACGCUCCUCCACCUCCGCUUGCGUCUCCCUGCCACCAACGUCAUCAACGACAUCAUGGACGACAAGACUGCUGCCGCCACCCAGCGAUGGCAGCGCCUCAUGAUCCAGGCCAAGUACCAGUGGGAAGAUGACAUUCCUUUCCCAGUGACCAAGCGUGGCGUGCAGAAGCCAAGGGGAGAGAAGCGCAACGAGCGCAUCAUCUCGUCCCUGAAGAGCUACAUCAGCGGCUCCAAGGAGCUGCUGCAGUUCUUCUGA